AUGAAUGAUGAAAAGAAAUCCGAAUUUAUUCUCGAUCAGUCGACAGUUAGCAAUGGAUUAUUUACCAUCAUAGAGAGGAAACCGCUUUCGUCAUUAGAAAACAAUGAAAGCCUAAACAUAAGCAAUUUAAGCGACCCCCUAAGUAGUUCUCUAGACGAAAUAAACAAGAAAAGAGACAAGAAUACACAGAAUGUAGAUAACAUUUGUGAGAUUUAUCGGUUAAAUAGUUCACAACUUUUGAAUGACCACUUAGAAAAUACCGUUAGUAGAAUUAGCUAUGUAGAUGAUGAUGUAUCUUCAUUUUAUGAUUCUGAGAAAGAUGAUGAGCUUUAUUUUGAUAAUGACAUUUCAACACUUGGUUCAUGUUACUCUCUUCCAAGCCCAACAAAAAAAAGUAAAGGGAAAAAUGCUAGAACUAGUAUCGUUUCAUCAGUUUCAAAAAUGUACAGUAGUGGGAGGAGUAGUGCAGAUGGGUGUAGCAGGGAGAUUUCAUUUGAUUAUUCGAAUUUUGAAAAUAAUUCACCGAUUAGUAAUAAAAAAAUAAGUAAAUGCCAUAGAAGUAAAGGUUCUAAUAAAUGUGCUGAAGAGCAGAACCCAAAUGAGAAAAAAGGAAUUUCAACGUCGGGCAGUUCGAAAGAGUUACAUUUAAAUAAUGAAAAUAGUCAAGAGGUAGAUGAUAAUAAACAGCAAUUGGAACUUAAACAGACCCAUAUGGAUGAAAAAGCCAUUCGAUUGAAUAAAAAUAUUUACAGAAUUGUUAACAUAAAUAAUUCUGAAGAGGAUGAUAAUAAAGAGAUUGUUAUUAGAAAAAUAGCUCAAUUGAGAAAGAGCAUGAUGAUGGAAAAUGUUGAAGAAGAAAAUCAAACAAAGCAUGUUAAUGCAUCGGAAGAAAGAGAUGAUGACACAUCCACCUUUAGUAAUCCUGCGUGGGAUGUGUCCAAGUUAAGGGAUAUUCAUGCAGGGAAAAUCAUUCACACGAAAUGGAAUAGAAACUAUAGUCGAAUUAGUGAAGGAUCAUACUUAAAAAAAAAAAAUAACAAUUUUGUAAACAGUGGUGAGAGCAAUAUGCUAAGAUAUAAUAGAGAGAAAAAGGAAAAAUAUGGAGAAUUGAAUGAAGAAGAAGGUGCAGAAAGUAUUUACAUGAUGGAAAAUCGAGAUAAUAUCUACAAUGGAAAUAAUUACGAUGAAAAAUUUAAGGAGUGUUAUGAGAAUACAGAUGAAAUAGAACCCAAUGAUAAUGGAAAAUUUAAGAAAAAAAAAAAAAAAUACAUGUUCUUAUCAAAGGACUCAGAGGAGCCAGACAAUACUGUUAAUAGACAGAAAUUUAUGAAUCAUGAUAAGGACGAUCCAAUGAGUUUAUAUUACAUGGACGAAAAUGAUUAUUAUGAGAAAAAACGAACCAAAAGUAGUAGACCAUUUGAUAACCGUGCAGGUUAUGUUAUCUUAGAAUCCAGUAGAAGAGGUGGUAGUGGUGAGGGGGCGCCCAGAAGAAAUGCUACCCAUUCGUGUAAAGGGAAUGGAGAAUUAUUAAUGGAAAAUGAUGAUCCUAGAAGUGAUCCUAGAGGUGAUCCUAGAGGUGAUCCUAGAGGUGAUCCUAGAGGGGAUGCAAAUGUUGAACACCAUUACAAGAAUGUGUGCCACUUUGGACGAAAAUAUGAAGAACGAUAUGUAGACAGAAGAAAAAUGAGAAAAGAUAAAAUAAAUUAUCGAUAUCGUUAUGGAGUUGAAAAGGAUAGAUGCACGGAAAAGGAGUAUCAUCGCAGGGUUCUCAUGAAAAGAGAUGCAGACUUGAAUCCAAAUGGGAAUAUAGAUCCAGGAGCAGAUGAUAUAUAUAGCACUGAUGAAGGUGUCGAGAACUCGAAUUAUUUGCACAUGAAUAAACGAAUGCAUCCCUUGGAUGAUAAUAUAAGUAGGGAAGAAAAGUUUUAUACAGAUGCAUACACGCAGAGAAAUGUACUGAGUAGUAAUGCACAUGCUAGUAAUAUACUUAGCAGUAAUAUGAAUAGUGGGCCAAGAGAAAAAUACUGUCACGCUAAUUACCCAUAUGCAAAUAGCGAUGAAUUAUAUGAAGAUCAAAUUGAUCAGCCUCAUGAGAAGAAGUAUGAACCGCAGGAAGGAGAUGAUGACAGCUCAUAUACCAUAUUUUCCCGUAAUAGAAGUUAUAGGAAUAAACAUGAUGAAAAUGAUCGUAUGUAUAUGAAUGACAAUAAAAUGGAAGAAGAUCCAAAUUAUAAUAAAAAUAGUUCUUAUCAAAAUGGUUUAUAUACCAAUGUGGUGAUGAGUUCUUCGAAUCAAGGAAAUAUAAACGACCAUUAUCACUCCAAGGAAAAUGCAUACACCAGUAACUACCGUGCAAGAAUUAACUCCAAUAACCAACAUAAUUAUGAUCGAAUUGCACAUCCCAAUGAUGAGAAUGCAUCAUACCAUCGUCGUCAGGAUUCCUAUGAAAAUGGAAUCAAUAAAUAUACAAGCGAUGAUAAUGUAAUAUAUAAUGAACAUGGUGAUGAUUCUUGCUUGUAUGGUGCAAGCGAUUCUAAGUCAGAAGUAAAUCACGAAAGUAAUUAUUACAAUAAUGAAUAUUCGAAGAAAAGAUUAAGUGAUCAUAACAAUAUUCAAAAUAAUGGGAGGAAACAAUUUAAUAACAAUAUGUACAAUCGUUUUUGUGAAAGGAAUAGUUAUGAAGAGGAGACAGAAUAUUACAACGAACAGUAUAACCAUCCGCAUGAACAUCCAACUGAUCACACUGAAUGUCGUAACAAAAGCGACAUGUCAUAUGGAGAUUAUGAAGAACUGCAAAAUGAUGAUGAUCAGAGGAAUAUACUUUCAAAGAGGACUCCUCCAAACUGUCAAAAUGUGAGCAAGUCAUAUUUUAACCAAGAGAAACAAGCCACAUUUGAUGAACAGAGGACUUAUGACAAUCUAACGGAUGUACAUGAAAAACAUAAAGAUGUUCCAAAUGAGAAAGUUCAUUUAACAAUGAUUAGUGAUAAUAAAGGAGAUAUUGAAAAUGAUCCACAUUCUUUAGGUGAUCCCAAGAAAAAUGAAAAUCUAAUGGCUAUGAGGAAUUCAAGGAAUUCCAGUGAAAUGACACAGAUUCCCAACUUUUCUGGAAACAUGAAAUUUCCUGAUCAGGCUUUUAAUAACAUGAAUAAUGGGGUUACGGUUGCGAGUGUGUUACCACCUCAGGGUGCAGUUCCGAGUGCAGUUCCGGGUGUAGUUUCUGGUACAAUUCUGAGUGCAGUUCCGGGUGUAGUUUCUGGUACAAUCUCAGGUGCAAUUGCGAAUACUAUUCAGGGAACGACGGGAACUGGAACCGGAACUGGAACCGGAGGAACUGUAGAAGCUGCGAAUCAAGUAAACAAAGAACAACCAACUGUUGUAAAACGGAAGAGAGGUAGACCCAGAUUAAAGAAAACAACACCACAGGAGAUCCAGUCAAAUGAUGUUCAAAGCAAUAAUCCAAGCGCUCAAGCAAUAAUUCCCACAGCACAGAUGAACAGCCAAAACAUGAACGUAAACAAUGAUCAGAACCCAUCUGCAGCACUUUACAGCAACAUAGGUUCUGUAAUUAAUCCAUCUUAUAAUAACCAGUUUCCAAAUGUUAGUGCACACUUGAAUUUUCCAUUGGAACAUACUUCAAAUUAUCCCCUAGGGAGUACUUCUCAGAUACUGGGACAAGAGUCGGGAAAUUCACUGGGUCAUCGAUUACCGCAUGUAUUGGUAGAUGCACGGAAUCCGAUGACUCAAUUGAACCCGUUGAGUGGGCAAUUGAGUCAGCCGCUAGCUCAGCACAUGGGAUUAGUGCUUGGGCAACAGAUGAAUCAGCCUCUAUCUCAUCAGAUGAAUCAGCCUCUAUCUAAUCAGAUGAAUCAGCCUAUAUCUCAUCAGAUGAAUCAGCCUCUAUCUCAGCAGAUGAAUCAGCCUCUAUCUCAGCAGAUGCAGGUGCAAAUGAGUCAUCAUCAUAUAAAUCACCACUUGAAUCAUCACAUGAACCCUUCAUACAAUGGGCACCCGUAUGAUAACUGCAACAAACAAUCAACUCUCAACGCGUACAUUAUAGAAAAUCCAACGAACAACAAUUUCAAUAGAAAUAUGAAUGAAGAUCAAUAUGUAGGGACGUAUAAUAACUUUGAACAAGAUGUAGAAAAUCAUUUAAAUCCAAAUUUAUUUAAUAGAAAUGUGGAUCACAUGAAAAACAAGAAAGAAAAUUAUUCGUAUGAAGGAAAUGAAGUAGAAGAAGAAGAAGAAGAAGAAGAAGGAGAAGGAGAAGGAGAAGAAGGAGAAGAAGAAGGUGAAGAAAUUCAUAGAAAUAAAAAAAGGGCAACAAGAUCGACUGUUAGUGGAUCAGAUGAAAUGCAUUCGGAAAAAGAAGCUAAAAAGGUUCAUAAAAGACGUGGAAGAAGACGAAAAAAUGAAAUAGAACAGGAGGAAGAUACAUCUUAUAAAAGAAGCAACAGUAGUAAUCAAAGCUACACGAAUAAUAUGGAAAAUAAAUCUGUAGACUCCUAUAGAAACAAAUCCAAUGAUGAUAAAAAUUCAAGAAGUGAACACAGGGUGGAUCCUGGAUACUCCACAUUUGUUGACGAGAACAACAAGACCGUUUCGUAUAGGGUCUCUUACCAUCCUGCAGAUGCAGUUUGGGAAAAAAUAUCUGGUGUUAAGUUUGGACCUAUGAUAUUGACAGCACAAAGUAGAACGACAAAUGUUAUUUUAUCAAAAAAGAGAUCCAUAGAAUUAGGGAACAUACUUCACAAUCUCAUAUAUGGUUACAUAUACAAAGGUGACAAUGUUAGAUUGACCAUUGGAAAAGAAUCCAAAAGUGUCAAGAGCGGCUCCCCUUUUUUCCUUCCUAGCUACAAUGAUUGUAGUAUACAUAAUGAUGAUGACACGGGAUCAGCCAAAAUAUUCCUAUGUUUUGUUUAUAUGAAUUGA